GUCCUUUCUUUGCAUGUUUUUGCACAAUGGUCUUCAUAGAAGAAAAGGCGCGAUGUUUGGACUUUUCAGAAAAAACAAACUUGUCAAAAUAAGAAGUCUGAAUGAAACUACAAAAUAUGGGGUAGCUGCAACAAGUCUGAAAGAGCUUCUCAAAAAGGGGAGUAAACUUCUACAGGUUCCACUCGUCGGUUCGCAUAUUUGCUUGUAUGAAGAUGGAACAGAAUUGUCAGAGGACUAUUUCCUAAGUCUUCCAGACAAUGCUGAACUUGUCCUUCUUGCCAUGGAUGAGAGAUGGAGCGGAUUUGUCUGUGACAUAGGCCGGUUGCUGGACACCGACAGGAACUCAGCUCUUCUGAUUGAUGCGGCUAAGGGGCUUCUCUCUGACGAGCGGUCUCCAAAGAGACGCAAACUCCUGGGGGAACUAAUGCUGCAUUUGAAGGACAGCUCUGAGACUGAAAACAGAGAAGAUGAUGAAGACUGGUUCCAAGGAAUUGAUGUCAGAUUUAAGACCAAAUCGGCCUACAUGAAGUACAACUGUGAGAGCAGGAUUCGUGGAUACAUGAAGGAGGUGGAUAGUUAUGCUCAAACAAUCCAAAAGCCUAAACUCAAGGAGGAAUACAAGAAGACUGCAGAGUCCUUGGUGAUGCAGCUGAAGUCUGACAAGUACAAUGGCUGCUACUUCAACAGGACGGAGAAGGAACUCAAUCGACUAUGCACCAAGGAUGGAUGGUUCUCCUGUCAGGGUGCAUUUGACCAGGAUGAAUGUAUUUCCCUCCACUCCAUCAACCCCUAUGGCAACCGAGAGAGCAGGAUUCUCUUUAGCACCUGGAACUUGGACCACAGGAUUGAGAAGAAGAGGACGGUCAUUCCUGCCCUGGUGGAAGCACUGCAGAACCGCAAAAGCAGCAGCAUAAACCUGGACUAUUUUUAUAAACUGCUGUUCACUCGGGAGAAUCUAAAGCUGGUGCAUAUUGUAUGCCACAAGAAAGGUGCCCAUGACUUGCUGUGUGAUAAAAGAAACAUGUACAAAUGGGGCAAACGAAAAUGAUUAUAAAGGGAAAACGCUUUUUACAUUUCAGGGGAGAUGCUUUUUGUAGUGUUUGUUGGUUAUUCUUAAACGGAUAAAGUACAAGACUUAUGACUACUGGUAAAUUGAACUAAAUGUAAUUCUGGGCAGGGAACAUUGUUUUCUGCUGCUCUCAGAACAGCUGAUUUGUUGAUCAUUUUGUGCUAGUGAUAUUAAAAAGCACUCAAUUAUGAGCCACUGAUUGGGUAGUAGUCAAUGGGCCAAUCCCAAAUCGUCCCCUAAUCCCUAUGCACAGGGUGCAUUCAGUGCGAUUCAAUGCUUGCUACAUUGUGUGACGGUUUGUACUGAAAGACACGUGUUCCCAAAAUGGUGCUCACCAUGUUUCAACAGCCUUUGAGGUAAAUGUGUGCCCGUUUGGUGGUUGUGGCCUGAUCAAUAUGGAUGUGACUAUUUAAAAUUUGAAACACGUGAAGCACACACCGUACAAUCUUCUUCUGGACCGCCAUAAUCACAAUGUUCUUCAACUGGUCAUUCACUACCUUUUUCCGUUGAAUUUAAAAUGCAAAACACUGUUUUGUUGUACUGAAGGCCCCCCCUCUCCUAUCAGAUGUCAAGGUGGAGCUAUUACCAGAUUGAUUACACCUGUCAAAUACAGUUUUUUUAUUUUACCUUUAUUUAACAAGGCAAAUCAGUUAAGAACAAAUUAUUAUUUUCAAUGACGGCCUAGGAACAGUGGGUUAACUGCCUUGUUCAGGGGCAGAAUGACAGAUUUGUAACUUGUCAGCUCAGGGAUCUUGCAACCUUUCGGUUACUAGUCCAACACUCUAACCACUAGGCUACCCUGCCACUCCAACGCAUAGAGAAUGAUUUGUUUGGACAUUUUCGUAUAUAUAUAUAUUAUACUUUUAAUGUGUUCUCAGAUUAUAUUUGGAUGUUAAACGUGUAUUCUAAUUUCAUUACUGUUUACACGAUAGUUGUGUGGGGGGAACCAAUAAAGUAUUGAAAGAGA